AUGGAUCUCCGCAAGAAGAAGAGGAAGGUCCUUCUAAUGGGCAAAAGUGGCUCUGGAAAGUCGUCAAUGCGAUCAAUCAUUUUCAGCAACUACGUUGCAAAGGAUGUACGCCGAUUAGGUGCCACCAUUGAUGUGGAACACAGUCAUGUGAAGUUUAUGGGGAAUUUGACCUUGAAUCUUUGGGAUUGUGGAGGACAAGAUGCGUUCAUGGAGACCUACCUCGGCGGCCAACGAAGCAACAUAUUCUCCGACGUCGCCGUCCUCAUCUAUGUGUUCGAUAUUGAAUCCCGCGAAGUCGAGCGCGACCUCGAUACCUACAACGCCGUCAUCGAGGCCCUGCACCAACACAGUCCCAGCGCACACGUGUUCUGUCUGAUCCACAAACUCGACCUAAUCCAAGCUGAGCACCGCCAACGCAUUUACGAAGAAAGGUCGUCGCUGAUCCGCCACCGCUCAAAACAUUUCGAUAUUGAUACCUUUGGCAGCAGUAUCUGGGAUCAAUCCCUGUACAAAGCGUGGGCCGGGAUCGUGCACAAACUCAUUCCGAAUUUGUACGUUAUCGAGCGCUUCCUGAGCGCGUUCGCGACCAAGAUCGAUGCAGAAGAGGUCAUUCUAUUUGAGCGCUCGACGUUCUUGACGGUUACAUCAUUUGCGUCUGAGGUCGGAAGCCUGAACCCGAUUUACGAUCGUCAUGAACGACUAUCCAAUAUCAUGAAGGCAUUCAAACACUGCGCAGCUCGCAAUACGCAUACUACUCCGGCCUCUGCAGGGUUUCUGGUUAUGCAUACAAAGACGCCACAAUUCAACGUCUUUCUGGGCCGGUUUACGGAUAACACGUACAUCUUUGUGGUGGUGCCACCGGGCGAAGCUGCCUACAACUGCGCAGUACUGAAUACAAUGUUGGCGAGAGAAGGGUUCGCGAAGGCGGCUUUGGCGGGCCAUGGUGGUGACGGGUUCCCUCUGCCGAUGUCUACGUCUGCCGCGUCGCAUUCCAAGGGUCAGAAUGGAGGCCAAUACGGAUCCUUGCGGGAAUGA